GGCCAUGCCAACCAAAGCCAGACCUUUGCCGUUUAUCCCUUUGUCCCAGAGAUCCACAAGAGAGAGCUUGCGCUAAUGGCUUCCGAUUUCCAAACCAUUCCGAUCAUAGAUAUUGGUCCUCUUGUGGAUAAAGCUGAUGAUCCAAAGAUGGCAGAAGAUAAACAAGUAUUGGAGGUUGUAAGAUUAUUAGAUGAGGCAUGCAAAAUGGCAGGCUUCUUUUAUGUGAAAGGCCAUGGCAUUCCUUAUUCAUUAAUUGAGGAAGUUAGAGAGCUAACACAUAAAUUCUUUACUCUUCCAUAUGAGGAAAAGAUCAAAAUUAAGAUGACACCAGCUAGUGGAUACAGAGGAUAUCAAAGAGUUGGAGAAAAUAUCACAAAGGGGAAGCCUGAUAUGCAUGAAGCUAUUGAUUGUUAUAAGCCAAUGAAACAUGGAGAAUACGGAAAUCUUGGCACACCUUUAGAAGGAUCUAAUUUAUGGCCGGAUAAUCCUUUGAACUUUAAAUCACUGAUGGAAGAGUAUAUUGACCUUCUCAAAGACCUUUCAAGAAAGAUUAUGCGAGGAAUUGCUUUAGCCUUGGGUGGUCUACCGGAAUCAUUUGAAGGUGAACUGGCAGGAAAUCCCUUUUGGGUAACGCGAUUGAUAGGUUACCCAGUUUUAUCAGAUGCCAAAAGAUCAGAAAUGCAAGACAGUGAUGUAGGAUGUGGAGCUCACACUGACUAUGGACUGCUGACGUUGGUCAAUCAAGAUCCUAACGUCAAUGCCCUCCAGGUGAGAAAUCGAGCUGGUGAAUGGAUAUCUGCCGUUCCAAUUCCCGGUACUUUUGUCUGCAACAUCGGCGAUAUGCUAAAGAUUUGGUCAAAUGGAAUAUACGAAUCAACUCUACAUCGAGUGAUCAACAACUCUCCGACUUACCGUGUUUCUAUUGCUUUCUUCUACGAGCCGAAUUUCAAUGCUUGUAUAGAGCCAGUGAAUUUUUGCAAGGAGAAGGUAAAUGGAGUUGCAACAGUUGAGAAGGCCGUCUAUGGAGAGCAUUUGGUUAAAAAAGUCCUCACAAACUUUGUUAUGUAGUGUUUGUUAGCAAUUUUGUGGUCAUUUUCACCUUUUCCUAUUCAAGUAAAGCCUUAAUAAGUAUGUUUUUAUUAUUUAUUAGCCUCUCAAAUGUCAAGAUUUGCAUAAAAUUACUUUUCACUCCCUCAUUUUUGACUAUUACA